AUGCAGGCCGACACCGAGACGAAUGCGGCGGAGGCGGAGUGGAAGAAGCAGAGGAAAGAGAAGAAAAAGCUCAGACGGCUGGAGAGAAAACGGAAACGAGAUGAGCCCGAAGAACCCCAAGCGGAAGGACCACACCCGACCACUGACAAACAUCAAUCCCAACACAAUCACGACCGGGUCGCCAAGCCUCAGACUUGUCCAGCUGAUAAUGGCCUUUCGGGGCAAACGGAUAGCUCGCCAACAACAGAAGCCUUAGCUGGAUCCACCAAUGAACUGGUUCCCCCGAAGAAGAAGAAGAAACGCAAGGAAGAAAAUCGAGCGUUGGACGAUUUGAUACCUUCGGUGAUUGCCAACAAUGAAGCUCAGGACGAUCGACCACCGGGCUGUUUUAAUAAUCGUGUCCAAACGACUGCCGUCUCUGGCUCAGCGGCGAGUGAGCCGAUUCCACCGUCUGAAUCCUCGGGCAAGGCUGCCAGAAAACUUCAUUCUCGCAAGAAGGCUAAGAAAUCGGGUAAAGCAACUCAGAGCACGAGCGACUCGAUUCCGCCCCCUGAAUCCUCGGCCACGCCCGAAACAAAACUUGAUGCUCCCCGCAAGAAGGUCAGGAGAUCGGCCAAAGCAACUCCGGACAAGGGUCUCAAGACAGCGUGGCGAAAAGAUCGGGGAGACUCAACUUGGAAAGCCAAAGAUGCAGUGGAGGACCCCGAUUUAGAUCGAAUCUUGAUCGAUUCCUCAAAUCUAGAACUCUUGCACAAGUCUCACGUGCCUCUCUUCUUUCAAGAAAGAAUCGUAAAUAUUACCUGUCGCGAGAUCUUGGCGACCAAAUGGUUAGACAUCACUCACCUAAACGAGCUCACUGCUCUCUUCGGGCUGAAAUUUAAAAAGGGACUAUUUAGUACGGCGGAAAAAACGACGAUUGCGAACAUGAUCGAAAAGUAUUGCCAAGAGCAGGGGAUAAGCACGCAGCAAUUUAGGGAGCUGUUGGCGCAAAAGAAGAAGAAAGGGGAUGGGCACAGUGUGAAACAGGUGGUGCCGACGAUAUCGGACGAACUUCCGGGGCGGCCGUUGAUCUCGGUAUGGAAGUACAUCCGUCGGGCGUACGAUGCGAAGGGCAGGCUGGGCCCAUGGACUCCGGAGGAAGAGGCCGCGUUGGUGGAGGCGCACAGGAAGCAUGGCCAGUCCUGGACGGCGAUCAGUGAAGCCGUUGGCCGGUCCGCGGAUGACUGUAAGGACCGGUGGAGAAAUUACAGCUCUGUUCGGGCCGUUCAGAAUCAAGGGGAAUGGUCUCAGGAGGAAACAGAGCAUCUGAGCAAACUGUUGGCCACAUCCAAAUCGAUUUACUCAGACCCGAAAUCUCUCAGCUGCGAUGGCCUUUGGACUUGGAUAAGUCAGGAAAUGAAGGGCCGUCGUUCUCCAGCUCAGUGUAGAGCCAAAUGGGCCACGAGCUUACAAUGCAGAUGGGUCAAUGAUGGGGAAAUAAGGCCUUGGACGAAUAGAGACACUUUACACUUGGCACAACAACUGAAGAAAUUGGGUCUAGUUGAUGAAGUAGGGUUCGAUUGGAAACAACUCUUGAAGGUAGACGAAGGCUGGGAGGUUUACAAUAAUCAAUAUAUGCAACGAAAAUGGAAGAUGAUUCAAAAGUAUGAGCAGAAGAAGCACCGCGCCGCUUGGGAGUGCUCGCGGGAAUCUGCCGAUCCCAGUGAUCCUCCACCGCUCGGCAAUCAGCAGAUCAUAGACAAAUUGAUCGAGAAAUGGAGCAGUAAAGACGACGCUGUUCUCGACUCCCCCUUGAUCACCAAGGGGCGCAAGAGGCAGUACAAAUCGAAGGCGAUCGUGGAGGAAGAGGACACCGAGGAAGAGGGCCAUGUGGAAGAGGGCAAAGAUCAAGCGGGCAAGGAUCAAGCGGGCAAAGACCAAGCGGGCAAGGAUCAAGCGGGCAAGGAUCAAGCGGGCAAGGAUCAAGCGGGCAAGGAUCAAGCGGGCAAGGAGGAGGAGGGAAAAGAGGAAGAGGGCCAGGAGGAAGAGGGCCAGGAGGAAGAAGAAAAAGAGGAAGAGGGCAAGGAGGAAGAGGGCAAGGAGGAAGAGGGCAAGGAGGAAGAGGGCAAGGAGGAAGAGGGCAAGGAGGAAGAGGGCAUGGAGGAAGAGGGCAAGGAGGAGGGAGUCUCAGAUAAAAAGAGCCAAACGAAGGCGAGUGAAAAGAAGACGAGCCACACCAAGAAGAGCUACAAGAAGAAGAUCUAUCGCAGCAAGUCAGUCAUCGGCACCGACGAUUCAGACGCCAACUGA